AUGGCAUCUAAACCUGAAAAGACCAUCCUCGAAGCCUCUAUGGGCAGCUACAUGAGAGUACUAAGAAACCAUAAUACUCCUGAAGAGCUUAUUGCAGCCUAUCCAUCAUUGAAGGAAAAUAGCCUUUCCUGCCCCUCCGCUCUGACGGAUAAAGUACGGCGCGUAUUUUUCGAUCUUCCUGAUCGUGCAGAGUUGAUUGAGCAAGCUGUUACGGAUCCAAGCAGCCUCACGCAAGAAGAAAUACUACUGCUAUCAGCCAGGUUUUGGACGCCUAGGACAGAUGCGGAGCGCGAGGUGAUCUGGGAACUCCUUUGUGAAACGGAAGAAAUAAUCAUGGGAGAAGAAGGAGCAGCAUUUGAAGCAUCUAGAAAACCCACUUUCCUUCCCAACGAGCUAGAAGCGUUUCAAGCCGGAUCCAGAGAGUGGUGUGACCGGCCCACCCGCGCAAGAAAAAUGCAAGCCAAUGCCAUGGCCGAGGCCGCCCUGCCCGAUGCUCCGGAAUGGAUUCGCCGUCUCUAUAGAGAGGGGAAGGAUUUGUGGGGUUUGUGGUUCUGUAUGAUGAUGCGAUGCAGGAGCUGGAUGCAGAACCUCUGGAAUAUUUUCUGUGUCAUUGGGGGGGGGAGGGAGAGGGGGUUCGUCAAAUUUGCGUUAAAGUGCAAUAGCUCGAAGGACAUAAUUGAUGCAAAAUGGUACAUGAUUUCAUUUAAUGCGCCGGGCUCUGCGGUUUUACCACAUGUGUCUGUGGCUGGGACUGCUUUAGAUGCAAGUGAUAAAAGCAGUCAACAGAAUGGUGUGAUACUCAGACGCGCCUUUCGCGAGAUCCUGCAGGAUCCCCUGUAG